UAAAGCUGUGUAUGGCUCAUUAAAUGACAAAAGCCAACCCAACAUAUACAGGCAUCAACCAAAUGAUUUCUUCUGGCUUGUGGUCCCUGACCUUAUGGCAGUGUAAUCAAACUAGAGUUCACUGUCUCCUAAUUCCUUUGAGUAUUAAAAAAAAAAAGAAGGCAGAACGCCCCUAAUUUAAACGUAACGAGUCACCAGUUAAGCCUAGCUAGGGCUCACCUGAAGCCUGCAUGUAGACUUUUAUAUUUAUUCAAGAUGUUGUGUUUAGUUUUAUUUUUCAACUCCCUGUAAGAUAGAAAUAUUUGAUCAAGAAAAUUGUACCACAAUGCCACAGGCCCAUACUAACUGUCCUUAAUUUCUCUCCUACAGCAGUACUGCUUUGCCAGUCCUGUACUGCACUCUGUUAAGGGUGCAGCAACUCAUCCUGUGUAGGUUAUGGUGAACACACAAGUGUGCACUUUUCAGUUUGGUCAGGGUCUACUGCUGCUGUGGGGACACAAAGCAGCCCAACAAUGAUAAACUUAAGCCCCAAAGUUAUUGUUUUAUCAUAUAUAAUUUUUGUUAUAUAUAUCCCCCAUUUGGACAUCUCCUAGUGAUAUGAAAGAAGUGUGAUUUUUAACCAUUACUUUUUAACUUGAACAAUAUUGUCACAGUAUUUAUGUCUGGACAGUUGGGCCGUCCCCCUUUUUGUAUCUCCUGAAGUAGCCUCCGAUCAAAAGUUUUUAGUGGCCCCCGAAAAACCUCAAUCAUUUAGCUUUAAAAAAUAAAAAUAAAUGAUGAGUAAUUUGGCAGCUGGAUCCCAGUCUAACUUUAAUUGCACCCCUGUAGAUUGAGGCCAAGCUCCAGGAUUCUCUCUAUAUUUGAGUGCCGUAAAUCAAUGCAACACAGGUGGUAUACUUAUGUGUGUGAGUUCCUACCCUUUCCAAAGUGUUACUAAUGGUAAAGAGAAAUUUUCUAGGCUUCUUUUCUGCCGGUUGAAGUCUGACUGCAGAAGGACCCUUGGCACUGAAAGUGGGGCAAAACGCCAGACCCAAAGAUGCAAGUGAGGUCGUACAUGGACGUCAUGAAGGAGCAGCACCUGACCAAAGAGGAGAAAGACAUCCGACAGCAGAUGGCAGAGAAGGCGAAAACGGGGGACCUGAAGGCAGUGAAUGGCUCCGCCGCCGCCGCCGCAGCCAAGCGUAAACGUCGUUGGGACCAGACGGCUGAAGCGAACCAAACACCCACCAACACCACGCCCAAGAAGAUGUCCAGCUGGGACCAGGCGGACUCCACCGCAGAGCAAACACCAGGGCAUACCCCUGCACACACCCCCUCCAACAGUCGCUGGGACGAGACCCCCGGUCGGGCCAAAGGCAGCGAGACUCCAGGCGCCACCCCUAGCACUCGCAUGUGGGACCCCACUCCGAGCCACACACCGGCCGGCGCUGCCACCCCCGGGAGGGACACCCCGGGCCACGCUACGCCCGGCCACGGAGGAGCCACGGGCAGCGUCCGCAAAAACCGCUGGGACGAAACCCCCAAGACGGAGCGCGAGACCCCCGGGCACGGGAGUGGAUGGGCCGACACCCCCCGCACAGACCGUGGAGACGAGUCGGUGGGGGAGACGCCCACCCCAGGCGCCAGUAAGAGGAAGUCGCGUUGGGACGAGACGCCCGCCAGUCAGAUGGGAUCCUCAACCCCAAUGCUCACCCCGGGGAAGACGCCCAUUGGAACACCGGCCAUGAACAUGGCAACCCCCACACCAGGUCACCUGAUGAGUAUGACCCCAGAGCAGCUGCAAGCCUGGAGGUGGGAGAGAGAAAUUGACGAAAGGAACAGGCCCCUUACGGAUGAGGAGCUAGAUGCCAUGUUUCCAGAGGGCUACAAGGUGUUGCCUCCUCCAGCAGGCUACGUGCCCAUCCGCACCCCGGCCCGCAAACUGUCUGCCACUCCCACUCCCAUCGGGGGCAUGACCGGCUUCCACAUGCAGACGGAGGACCGCUCCAUGAAGCAGAUCAACGACCAGCCCUCCGGAAACCUCCCCUUCCUCAAGCCAGACGAUAUACAGUACUUCGACAAACUUCUUGUGGAGGUGGACGAGUCCACGCUGAGCCCCGAGGAGCAGAAGGAGAGGAAGAUCAUGAAGCUCCUGCUGAAGAUAAAGAACGGCACCCCCCCUAUGAGAAAGGCGGCGCUGCGACAGAUCACAGACAAGGCUCGAGAGUUUGGAGCUGGCCCCCUCUUCAACCAGAUCCUCCCUCUGCUCAUGUCCCCCACCCUAGAGGACCAAGAGCGCCAUCUGCUGGUCAAAGUCAUCGACCGUAUUCUCUACAAACUGGACGACCUGGUUCGACCCUAUGUGCACAAGAUCCUGGUGGUGAUUGAGCCCCUUCUGAUUGAUGAGGACUACUAUGCCAGAGUGGAGGGCAGGGAAAUCAUCUCUAACUUGGCAAAGGCUGCCGGCCUGGCCACCAUGAUCUCCACCAUGCGACCCGACAUUGACAACAUGGAUGAGUACGUCAGAAACACUACCGCCAGGGCCUUCGCCGUGGUGGCGUCAGCCCUGGGCAUCCCCUCGCUGCUGCCCUUCCUCAAAGCCGUGUGCAAGAGCAAAAAGUCCUGGCAGGCCCGACACACGGGCAUCAAGAUCGUGCAGCAAAUCGCCAUCCUCAUGGGCUGCGCAAUCCUGCCCCAUCUCCGUAGCUUGGUCGAGAUCAUCGAGCACGGUCUGGUGGACGAGCAGCAGAAAGUCAGGACCAUCAGCGCUCUGGCCAUUGCUGCCCUGGCAGAGGCGGCCACUCCAUACGGUAUCGAGUCCUUCGACUCGGUCCUCAAGCCCCUCUGGAAGGGUAUCAGACAGCACAGAGGAAAGGGUCUGGCAGCCUUCCUGAAGGCUAUUGGCUACCUGAUCCCCUUGAUGGAUGCCGAGUACGCCAACUACUACACCAGGGAGGUGAUGUUGAUCCUCAUCAGAGAGUUCCAGUCCCCCGAUGAGGAAAUGAAAAAGAUUGUGCUCAAGGUGGUGAAGCAGUGCUGUGGAACUGAUGGUGUAGAGGCCAACUACAUCAAGACAGAGAUCCUGCCCCCCUUCUUCAAACACUUUUGGCAACACAGAAUGGCUCUCGACAGACGUAACUACAGACAGCUGGUGGACACCACGGUGGAGCUGGCCAACAAGGUGGGCGCGGCGGAGAUCAUCUCGCGUAUCGUGGAUGACCUGAAGGACGAGGCGGAGCAGUACAGGAAGAUGGUGAUGGAGACCAUUGAGAAGAUCAUGGGCAACCUGGGCGCCGCCGACAUCGACCACAAGCUGGAGGAGCAGCUCAUCGACGGCAUCCUGUACGCCUUCCAGGAACAGACCACAGAAGAUUCUGUGAUGCUGAACGGUUUUGGCACCGUGGUGAAUGCCCUGGGGAAGCGCGUGAAGCCAUACCUGCCUCAGAUCUGCGGUACCGUGCUGUGGCGUCUCAACAACAAGUCGGCCAAAGUACGGCAGCAGGCCGCCGACCUCAUCUCUCGUACCGCCGUGGUCAUGAAGACCUGUCAGGAGGAGAAACUGAUGGGUCACUUGGGAGUGGUGCUGUACGAGUACCUGGGAGAAGAGUAUCCAGAGGUGCUGGGUAGCAUCCUGGGAGCCCUGAAGGCCAUCGUGAACGUCAUCGGUAUGCACAAGAUGACUCCACCAAUCAAAGACCUGCUCCCACGUCUGACGCCCAUCCUAAAGAAUAGGCACGAGAAGGUGCAGGAGAAUUGUAUUGACCUGGUGGGCCGAAUUGCUGACCGUGGAGCAGAGUACGUAUCUGCCAGGGAGUGGAUGAGGAUCUGCUUUGAGCUGCUGGAGCUGCUCAAGGCUCACAAGAAGGCCAUCCGCAGAGCCACAGUCAACACCUUUGGUUACAUCGCCAAGGCCAUUGGCCCCCAUGAUGUCCUCGCCACCCUGCUCAACAACCUGAAGGUGCAGGAGCGACAGAACCGUGUGUGCACCACCGUGGCCAUCGCCAUCGUCGCCGAGACUUGCUCUCCCUUCACCGUGCUGCCGGCGCUCAUGAACGAGUACCGUGUGCCCGAACUUAACGUGCAGAAUGGUGUUCUCAAGUCGCUGUCCUUCUUGUUUGAAUACAUCGGGGAGAUGGGGAAGGACUACAUCUACGCAGUCACGCCCCUGCUGGAGGAUGCACUCAUGGACAGAGACCUGGUCCACAGGCAGACGGCGAGCGCUGUGGUGCAGCACAUGUCGCUGGGCGUCUAUGGCUUUGGCUGCGAAGACUCCCUCAACCAUCUGCUCAACUACGUGUGGCCCAAUGUCUUUGAGACAUCGCCCCACGUCAUCCAGGCUGUCAUGGGCGCCCUAGAGGGCCUGAGGGUAGCCAUCGGGCCCUGCCGAAUGCUCCAGUAUUGCCUACAGGGUCUGUUCCACCCAGCCAGGAAAGUGAGGGACGUCUAUUGGAAGAUCUACAACUCCAUCUACAUCGGCUCCCAGGACGCCCUCAUCGCCCACUACCCACAGGUGUACAACGAUGAGAAGAACCCCUUUGUCCGCUGCGAGCUGGAAUACGUCUUGUAAAUAGAAACUCACUUCUCCUUUCGCUCCAUCUGCCUCAUUCCUAUCCACUCGUCACCCGUCCCACAAUACCCACCGUAGAAUCCUGUUUGAUAUGGACAUGAUUCUCUUUUUAAAUAGUUUGUCGACAAUCCCAUACAAAACUCUUCAGUAUAUGUUGCCUGGCACCUAUAUCUUUUUGUAUUGGUUAAAUUAAUGGAAUUAAGACAAAAUUCAUCUGUAUGUAUCUUGUUUUGAACAUGUUUCUGUUUUCGGUAAGGAAUGUCAUAUGAGGGCUUGAGGUAGCUAUGGUUGAGCAAUCAUCCAAUUAUCCAGCAUUGUCCAAUUGUUUUUAAAUAUCCCAAGCUUUUUCUUCUGUGCAUUGGUAGGCUUCUACUGGCUGCUCCCUCCAUUAGACUUCCACACACUGUUCUUAUGAGACUGUUGCUUUAUUUGAAUGAAUAAAAUCUGUACAAAAUUGGGUUUUGACUGAUUUAUUUAACAUAACUACCCACUUUUUCCGAUGUUUCCAGGAAUGAUAUACGUAGUUGCUCAGGAAUCAAUUAAUAAAUGCAUAGAAACUUGAAGCUGGUCUUCCCUUGUACGUACAUGGGGAUUAACGUAGAUGUGGCGUCCCUGACUGUCAUUUACUUGACGGCUGACCUCUUAGAACGGACCAGGGUCAAUAGGGUAAUUUUUCUGUUCU